AUUUGCAAAAGCAUUAAACAUUAAAACUGUAAUUCGUAAUCAUUCAUUAAAAAAAAUAAAAAAAAAAUGUAAGACAACAUUAAAUCAUGGCAAACAAUGGAAAGGAUAAGUAGAUAACGGUUUAUACGAAAAGAAGUUGUAGUAACCUCCACAAGUUGAAGAAACCCACCAAACAUGAAAGCUUCAAAUUCAAUUUUUACAAAAUCCCUUCAUCUUCAUCAACCCACUAACUUCAAAUUCCUCCAUUUUCACCACUUUCAUAAAACCUACAUACCCAAUUUACAAAAUCCCAAUAAGAUUACAUUUUUCAGGGUUUGUUGCAAAAUCAAAGUACCACAAGAUAAGAACAAGCCUGUUUCCCAGAAAAAUGUACUUUUUGAUGGUGCUCCAUCUUUGAAAGAGGAUAAAAAGGAAGGUGAUAAUGGCGGGGAAGGUUCUCCACAACCCAAAAAGCCAACUUCUUCAAUGAAUAAGUUUUUGAAGAGAUUACCUCAAAAGGGUUUAGCUUUCUUGUCAAAUUUGCCUCUUGCUAUUGGUGAAAUGUUUGCCAUUGCUGGCCUUAUGGCACUUGGGACUGCCAUUGAACAAGGUGAGGCUCCUGAUUUUUAUUUUCAAAAGUACCCAGAAGAUCAUCCUCUGCUCGGAUUCUUUACUUGGAGGUGGGUUCUAACACCUGGGUUCGACCACAUGUUCUCAUCGCCAAUAUUUCUUGGAUCCUUGGGGCUUUUGGCGGCAUCUUUAAUGGCAUGUACUUACACUACCCAGAUUCCCCUGGUUAAGGUCGCACGAAGAUGGGGUUUCUUAAAGUCUGCAGAGACUAUUUGCAAGCAGGACUUUGCAGAAAAACUUCCCAGAGCUUCUGUUCAAGAUUUGGGUGUUGUUCUUAUGGGAGCUGGAUAUGAGGUGUUCUUGAAAGGACCAUAUUUGUAUGCUUUUAAGGGCCUGGCUGGGCGUUAUGCCCCGAUUGGAGUUCACCUGGCUAUGCUACUGAUAAUGGUUGGAGCAACUCUUAGUGCCACCGGGAGCUUCAGAGGCUCCGUUACUGUUCCUCAAGGACUAAAUUUUGUUGUGGGCGAUGUGCUUAGUCCAAGUGGAUUCCUCUCGAAUCCAACUGAAACUUUCAAUACAGAGGUCCAUGUAAAUAGAUUUACUAUGGACUAUUAUGAGACCGGAGAGGUAUCUCAAUAUCACACCGAUCUUUCUCUAUAUGAUCUUAACGGGAAGGAGGUGAUCAGGAAAACAAUAAGUGUGAAUGACCCUUUGAGAUAUGGUGGAAUUACCAUCUACCAAACAGAUUGGGGCUUCUCAGCUUUGCAGAUUCUCAAAGACGAUGAAGGCCCUUUUAAUUUGGCUAUGGCUCCUCUGAAGCUGAAUGGUGACAAAAAGCUUUUUGGAGCUUUUCUACCAGUUGGAAAUGACGAUUCUCAGAAUGUAAAGGGAAUAUCAAUGCUUGCUCGUGACCUACAAUCAAUUGUGUUGUAUGAUCAAGAAGGGAAAUUUGUUGGGGUUCGACGGCCAAAUUCAAACCUUCCAAUUGAAAUUGAUGGCAUAAAGAUAGUAAUUCAAGAUGCCAUAGGAAGUACGGGCCUUGAACUAAAGACUGACCCUGGAGUGCCCAUUGUAUAUGCUGGAUUUGGUUUCCUAAUGCUCACAACAUGCAUAAGCUUUUUAUCUCAUGCACAGAUAUGGGCUUUACAAGACGGAACAACAGUGGUAGUUGGUGGAAAAACAAAUCGUGCAAAGGGAGAAUUCCCAGCUGAAAUGAACCGCUUGCUUGAUCGAGUUCCAGAAUUAUUAGAAAAAAUCCAAAACAAUCCAUCUGAUAGCAUAAGUGGGUAGCUUGUGAUUCAAGUGAAGUAAUCAGCAUGAACAAUGGAACAUGAGGUAAUUUGGGGAAUAAAAGAAAAUCCCGAGCUCAAUAUGAUUCACAGUAUACCAGUUACAUGCAGUAAGAGUACACCUGCAACUUGACAUAUAUACAAAAAGUCGAAACAUUUGCGAUCUCAUUGAUGACUUCGGUCCAUAUAGAGCUUUAGCAAUUCUUUGAGAGUGUAUACUGUGAUUUUUGAAGCUUAAGCAGGAAGUCGUCUUGUUUAAUUUCAAUUCUCUUCCUGAUAUAUGUUAAUAUAGUACUCAUACCAAAAAUCUGUAAGUUGUAUGUAUAAGUGAAAGAACUCGUAUAUAUACACAAAAUUUGUUUUUCUAUUAUACAAAUUUACUCGUCAUUUCUUUUGGUGUAA